AUGCCGGGUUCGCGGAAGUAUGUCUUUACUCCUGCGACUCGCGCCGAGAUCCUGUCCGAGCUCUAUGACGCGUUCUGGGGGCCGUACGCCCAUCUAUUCUUGCCCGGCCAAAACUCAAGCCUCCCACUUCAUGCUACCUUGAGCGAAGUGCAAACUGCGACCACCCCGCAGAAGGAACCUCCUUUGAUUCCAGGCAGGCCCUGCGGCCAUAUAUUCAAGAAAGGCGAGGCGUGCUUUCGGUGCAAAGAUUGUGCACUAGAUGAUAGCUGUGUAUUAUGUUCGUCGUGCUUUGAAGCCACAGACCAUACAGACCACAAUGUCAGCUUCUUUAUCGCUCAGCAAUCGGGUGGUUGUUGCGAUUGCGGAGACGUUGAAGCAUGGAGGGUGCCUAUUCAAUGCCGAUACCAUCCACCUAAAUCUGAAACCACCGAGUAUCUCAACGCAUUCGCGCUCAAAAUCCUCCAGGCCACCCCACGAGCGACCGCAAGAGUGAUGGUGGGUCAAGACGUUCCUCCGGUGCAAGAUUACCCGAAUCGAGUCUUGGUGCCUCCUGAGCUUCGAGACACGAUGGGUCGAACAGUCGCAUACGCACUUGACUUCGUGUUGGAUACGCUGGACUACUCCCCGGACGAAACCAAUCCUCCUGGAAACGAGAAUGAUCUUCGAUCACAGCCUUCUGGUGACCCUAUGUCAAAGGAUCAAUUCAGCAUUGUCGUAUGGAAUGAUGACAAGCAUUCUUUCGAUGAAAUUAUUCAAUUAUUGUGCGAUCUCACCAACAGGUCUCGAGAACAGGCAGAGGAGUUGACCGAGCGCAUUGAUGAUCAGGGUCGCGAGAUUGUCGAUAUCUGCGGUAACUCUGCGCGCUUGAUCGAAAUGGCGCAGACAAUUUCGCAGGUCGACGUAGGCGUAACUGUUCGCAGAGCUUACGACACUUUUCGUGAACAGGUUGCCGCCGUUAUAAUCGAAUGGCUAUUGGAUUUGACACGCAGCCGUCUAGGUACCGAUACCUUGAUCCUUCGGGAGGUUAUUGCGUCGGAAUUGCUUGCUCCCAGGAAGCUUUACUCGUUGCUCUCCACUAAUGAUGCCACCAAAUUCCUUGGGGAAAUUCAGGAUCCUUCACGCAUCGAUUGGAUGUUUCUGUACCAUACUAGACUAUGGAAGAAGCCUCGCCUCAACUUGAAAGAGGUCUAUGCUUCACUCCUGACUCUGAGUCAUGAACACAAAUUAGCAGUCGCGUCACACUUUGCAAAUGUGUAUCACCGAAUCAUCGAUACGUAUCUGCUGGUGGAUCGUGAAGCGGAGACGUCAAUCAAAUAUUUUGCUCUCCAACUGUUCACAGUUCCUUCGGUGGCACUCUACAUAGUUCGCCAGCACAACGUGGUCACCAGGCUACUUUCGAUCAUCACUGCUUUUUUCACCAACCAGAUCACGGACAAACGAAUCAUAUAUCCCCCCAAUCCCAGCGCCGAUAUCGACAUUGAUACCUUCCCUUUCAAAUCGAAACGUUUUAUGCCGGUAUUUAGCGACUUGCGAUAUCUCUGUCACAACGAGCCGGUUCAGCAGCUCAUCGCGCACAAUCGUGAAUUUAUUGUACAUUUUUCAAAGACAUGUCAAAUCUUCAUGUGCGUGAAUCCCAACAAGCGCGCCGCUUCUAGCCAUGUCGAAUACGAGACGGAUGCCUGGAUCAGUGUCUUCAAUGUCACCCUUUCACUGUCCCGAGUUAUUAAGGUGUACGGCGAGGCAUUCUCUAGGUCCUCUGCCGCUGAGCUGGUAGCGGCGAUCACGACAGUCAUGCACCAUAUUCUGAUGGUAUCUGCAGUGGCGGACGAUCAACGAGAUCUCACGAGGUUCCCGCCCGUCUUGUUUCACGAGGUCAUCUUCGGGGAUACGACUUAUCAACUGGUCGAUUUCGACGUAACAGACGGCUAUGUCAGUUUUCAUCACUCACUGCAGUGGCUACUCGCCGAGCUGCUCAAGCAUGUCGAUAUAUUGAGCGAGCACUCGUUGCGGGAGCUUGGCUUGGCAAGUCUACGGGAUGUAUGCUUGCGCAAUGCCAGUGAACAAGCCAUCUUAACCAUUGUUGACUAUCCGUUACGUGUGUUGGCUAUGAUUGCGCAAAUCCGUACAGGUCUCUGGGUUCGUAAUGGCUUUGCGAUUCGCGGUCAACUCAUGCACUAUCGCGAUUUCAUGCUGCGCGAGCUCUGCUAUGAUCAGGAUUUGUUCAUCCUCCAGUCUGCGUUGAUAAUAUUGGACCCAAAUACGGUAGUCGUCAGCAUGCUUGAUCGUUUUCAGCUACUGGAAUAUUUCUCGGGCGCCACUCUCCACCCUAUUUAUGAGAACACGCAUCUGCCCAGCAUGGUCGAGGAGCUGCUAUAUAUCCUUAUAACCAUCUUAACGGAAAAUGCCAACGCUACGAAGAUGCCCAUUACCAUUGCGAUCCGGCGCGAGAUCGUGCAUGCUUUAGCCGUUGGUCCAUGCACAUUCACGGACUUGACGAAGCGCGUAGCGGAGAGGAUGGUGGACGACAUAUCCUUCGAACGUGUUCUUAAGCAGGUUGCCAACUUCAGGUCACCCGAUUCAACGGCUGAUUCCGGCGUGUAUGAACUUAAGGACGAGGCGUUCGAUGAUGUUAAUCCCUUCUUUUAUCAUUAUACGCGAAACAAACGUGAAGAGGUUGAGACCGUUCUCCGCAAUCGCCUCAAAAGGAAAACUGGCUUAGAAGACCCCGUCAUUAUCCCCAAACCGACCAGCUUUGCCGAUGGUCCGUUUUCGACGAUUUCAUCGGCGUUUGAAUCCGAAGUCCUCCUGCAAAUAAUGUUCUAUGGCAUCUACAACAUUCUCGUCCUCACUGAUGCGGAAGGAGCCGCCCCACCUUCAUCAGAGGCUAUACUUGACCAGCUGGUACAUCUAGUGAUGCUCGCGAUGGUAGAACGGCCACGUGUAUUCAGCAGCCUGGUGGCGUGCAGGACAUUUGAGGAUGACCAGAAUCUCCUGGACGUUCUAUGCGUCUUUGAACACCAUGACAAGUUCCAGGCAUACAAGAUGCGGGUGGACUGGAUCCUCAGCCAAAUUGCCCUGAACGAACCGGACGAAGUACAAAAGCGAAGGCGCACCAUGGACCCCUCCCGAAACGAAGCAGAUGAUCUUGCAGAUGCCAAGAAGCGUGCUGCGAAAGCAAGACAAGAAGCCAUUAUGAGACAAAUGAAGGCCCAACAAGCAAGCUUUGCCACUAACUUCGAGGACCUCGAUGAUGACGAAGACGAGGAUAUUAGUGAGACGCCCGAAGAGCCUAUUUCGUAUGGGACCUGCAUUGUGUGUCAAGAGGAGCUGAACAAUUCCAAAGCCUUUGGGUCGCUCGCAUUUCUACAGCCCAGUAGGUUACUGCGUCGUCAACCGGACGGCCAGUAUGUCUAUAUCAAUGAAGCACUCUCAACUCCGGAUUCUCUUGAUCGAGUGAUAGAAACGCCAGCGGAGACGCUGUUUCCUCCUCCUGAAAGCGAGCUGAGGAAUGCUAGGAGCAGAGGCAGUCAUACUUUCGAUGGUUAUCCUUCGUCGUACUCUCGCUUUGGCCUCCAUGCCUCCGUCUGCAGUCAUAUGAUGCACCUGGAGUGCUUCACUGUUUACAGCGGCUCCAUCAGACAACGGCAUCGUGCACAAGCUACGAGGAACCAUCCAGAGAGCAUUCCCCGGAAGGAAUACAUAUGCCCGCUUUGCAAAAGUUUGGGUAAUGUCAUUCUACCCGUCGCCAUCCCAUCAUCGACAACCGAGCUCAACGGUCUACCCUUUACCGAAUGGACACGCGCAGCGGGCAUCAGCAUCUUGAAGUCGAAAGCAGAUCCAACACUCGAGUCUUUACAGUUCCGAAAUGGCUCCGGAGAAUUUGUGUUCUGGAGUGCUCAGGAUACGAUGUAUCAGCCGUUCAUGCGACAGCCUGACAGAGCUGAUAAUAUGGAAGUCCACAAGAUGCUUGAUACCGUCACAGUGGUAGCGAAGAAUAUUUCCCAACAAACGCGACACCUGCGUGAUCGUCAAGAACCUGACCCUGGAGAGCGGGGCGCGGGAAUGUAUCUGCCAGAAGAAUUGGUCGGCUACACCAUCUCAUCCAUCGAAGUAUCUCAGCGGGGACUGGGUUCUCCUGGCUGUACUAUAGCCGAUUCUGUGACCGAGCAUCAAUAUCGCAUGAUUCGUGGACUGGUGGUAUGCUUAACCAAGCUAGUAGCUCUAAGCUUCAAAAACAGACCCGACGAAGGUCGCGAUGCUAUGCGUCACGCUAUCAUCAAACGUCUGCUUCCAGAAUGGAGUCGUGGCUCUUUGACCUCGUUUACAUAUCCUUUGCUCCUUCGCGACCCAUUCACCAUACUAGUUGAGACCGCUGCUGUGGCACCAGACAUGCUGCGACAAGUGCUCGUCCUCACCUACUACGCCUGUCUGGCACGGACUGUAAUUGGUCUUGUCUACAUCCUGAACAAGACGCGCAGCUAUCACGCAACACCGCUUGUAUACAGGCAUGCCGACAUAUUCGGCGACGUGCGUAUGUUUUUUAUGUCGGUUAUUAGGCAUUCCCCCGUCUUCGAGCAAGCAGGCGACGUGGUGUUCCAGGCGUUCGGAGAAUCUCGUAUAGAGAAACUGCUCUACAUGUUUACUCUACCUUUCCUACGCAGGGCGGCGAUUUUAUGCCGCGCGAUGCUUCCUUCCGCAUUUCCAAGUCCCCCUGCCACCGACGACGUCUGCGAGUACAAACGGCUGCUUACGAUGUUGGAAAUCCCGCCUUUGUCCCACCUACCGAACCAAGACUCCUUGCAGACAGCUCUUUCUAUGCGCGGGCCCGGUUGGAAUCUACUUCCUCGUCAAGCGGUGCUCCUUGCUGUAUCUAUAUGCGAAUAA